UUGUCGCCGCGAUCGUUUCGGUCAAAUUCAUCUCACCAGAGCCGUAGAGCGUGCGUCGAAGUCCGCGUGGUCCCGCAGUAUUAAUAAUUGACCAAAAGUGUUUCCAACUAGAUCGUAUUGCCAUUUUCAUGCUGGCCGGCCUCCCGAGUCGUUGUUGUGGUAAAGAGAUAUUUUUGACGACGGAGGGAGAGCAGCAAAUCGAAGACGCUUCAGAAGUUUAUUCGUGAAGUAUAGUAUUAUUAGGUCGAAUGAUCAAUUGAUGAGAGGACACACUACACAAGUAUUGCAGAUAGUGACAAAGUUUACACUUAUUGAUUCGAAGUGCCAGUAAAAAAUAAUGCAUAGUUAUUGAGCUUCGUACAUAGGUACUAAUACACUGCUGGGACAAACAAUAGACCACGAUGAGGGAAAUUGAGUGGGCGCCGUUGAACGUGCCACUGCGGCGAAGACUUGAGACUCUCUGUGCCUUCGGAUGGAUGACUCUGUUUCUGUUCGGUGAACUGUGGAUGCUGAUUUACUACUUCUAUCUGCUGGUAUUCGGUGGGCUUCUCGCAAAAACGUUCUGUCUCGUGUACGGAGCGUUCAUUUACUACGAUAGGAAAGCGGGCGUCAACGGUGGACGAGGGCAAGGCGUAAAAUGGUUUCGCAAUCUGUUCUGCUGGAAGCUGUUCCAGACGUACUUCCCUGCCAAACUGCACAAAACGGUGGACCUGCCCGCGGAUCGGAACUACAUUUUUGCCGCCUUCCCGCACGGUGUACUCAGCACCGGCUGCUUCCUUAGUUUCGCCACCGACACCACCGGGUUCUACAAACUUUUCCCGGGCAUACGCUCCCGCAUAGUGACGCUGGACUUCCACCUGUUGGUUCCGUUCUUCCGCGAGCUGUGCUUCAGCUGGGGUGUGGCAUCCUGCUGUUCCGAAGGCAUCACUCGGCUCCUGACUGAGUCGAACGAUCCCAAAAGCUCAACCAACGUUGACGGGUACACGUCGAACGCCGUGGUGCUAAUUGUCGGUGGAGCCGCCGAGUCGCUCAACUGUCGACCUAAUAAUUUCCAGUUGGUGCUGAAGAAGCGCAAGGGAUUCUGCAGGAUUGCGCUGAAAACCGGAACUGCGAUCGUGCCGGUUAUCAAUUUCGGAGAGCUGGAUCUGUUCGAUCAACCGGCAAACCCUCCGGGAUCGAAGUUGCGACGCUUUCAGGAGUGGGUCAAGGCUACCACCGGAAUCGCUCCGGCCGCAUUCGUUGGACGUGGAUUUUUCCAGUACAGCUACGGGCUGAUCCCCCGACGAAAGCCUAUUAAUACAAUUAUCGGAGAACCGGUUGAGGUGCAGAAGAUUGAUGACCCAUCCAAGGAAGACGUUGAACAGUUACACGCACGAUUCUGCACCGCACUGGAGGAACUUUUCGAGAAGCACAAAAGCAAAUAUAUUGUAAACUAUGAUAAUGUAAAGCUUGUUAUAGAAUAGUUGUGGAUGUUGCAUGGUUGUAGGGUAGUCAAAUAAGAACUCAAAGUCCAAAGAGAUCAAAGCUCGCUCCACUUGCAUGUUUAUUUAUAGCCAUCACUGGUAUCAUUGUAGAAUAAUGUAGUGAAGUAAUACAAAUUAUGUUUUGUAAAGUUUGCAUUUCACGUAGAAAAUGAUACAUUGAUUGUAUCAAUAUACUGUGUAAAAUUCCUACGAAAA